CUUCGGAAGGAUCUCCGGAGCUAGACCCUACUCUUCCACAGGAGUGGGCUGAUAAAAUUUCGGCGCUUCGAGACAUACAUCUCCUGGUACGAGAUAAUUUAGAAGAAGCGUAUGAGAAAGCGAGUCGCCGAUACAACUUGCGACGUAGGGACUCGGUAUUUAAGGUAGGAGAUUCCGUACUAAGAAAAAACUAUGCCUUGAGCUCAGCUGGCGAGAAGGUUACCGCCGGUUUGUUGCCAAAGUAUCUUGGUCCGUAUACAGUUAAAAGACGAAUUUCGGCCGUAACGUAUGAGCUAGAAUCAAGGAAUGGCAAGGCCUUAGGCCGAUGGCACAUUAAAGAUUUAAAGCCCUACCAUGGUAGAUUAUAGGAUGACCGCGGGCUUUGUCAGAAAUUCAGUGAGUAAAAAGUCAGUGAAUUGAAGGAAGAGGAAGGAGGGGGAUAUGUCGACACGCUCGCGCGCAGGGGGGAACCCAUAUGGGAGUAUUGGUGCAAGAGUAGUGUUGAACGUAGAGGGUAGAAAGUAGAGACUAAAGAGUAGUGUUGAACGUAGAGGGUAGAAAGUAGAGGAGUAAAGAGUUGUGUUGAACGUAGAGGGUAGAAAGUAGAGAGAACAGAGGUGCGGUAGCUACCGCAAUUGUAACGGGAUCCCGCUAAGAAAAGUAUAUACGAAAUUAAUCUUGCAACUAUAUAGAGAUGAAAUCGAGGCUGCAGGAAUAGGGCCUCGUGGAGUUAAUUUAAGUUAAUUUAAUGGUUAGUCCAAGGAAAAUCCAUGGUUAAUGGCAGUAGCCAUUCUGUAGCUGGAUAUUGAUAUAAUUUCCGAUGUAUGCAUACGCACAUAUUUGUGAAGGUUUCUUUGGCUGUUUUGUACCACUAUUGAUAGGACUUCCGAUGUAUGUAUACACACAGAAUUGUGAAAAUUUAGUUGGCUGUUUCGUACCGCUAUGUAAGGUGUAACCUCGGGGGAGUUCGCUCCAGAAACUCCCACGUUCAAAGAACAGGAGGCAGAGGACGCAAAAAUUAAUAUAUUUUCAGUUGUAAGACAUAAUCUUAUAUAUUUUAUAUCCAAUUAUGUAUUGUAUCAGCUACGAAACUCUUAUAUUCAAGCGUAUUUCUAAUGUGUAGUCCUUCCCAGGACUGUGCCCCGGGGUAAGGAAGCUACACGUUGUGUAAAUUACCCCGCAAAGAUAUUUGUUAAGGCACAGGAAAAAGGUCCUGAGAUGUGUAGUAAUCUAUAGGUAUAAGUAAUAAGAGAGAGUACAUAUGGUGUCUACUAAUCAUCCACGCAGGUGACUGGUUGGGACUAAAGGCGGGACAAAUUGUAUAUUAUGUUAUGUAAGCCCGCCUAAGCAAUUGUAUGCCUGUAGCAGAGUUAGUGAAGGGUAAAUUCACUAUGAAGUGGAUGAAACUUGUAAUCCGGAGGGCUUAAACCUUUCCAAUGCCGUAUGCCUGGAUUCAUCCUUUUAAUUCGGCUUAGAAGGGUACUGGUAAGCCCGAGUGAUAGGAAAUUUUGUCCCGCUCUGUGGCCCAAAAUUUCUUCCCAGGGAGGGAAGAGUGUUACGAGCCCGACGCUCCGGCCGAAACUACGUUGAGAAAGCCUCGGAGAUCUGGCAACACUGCCUUGGAAGACGCUUGGCAGCCCUGUAUCCGCGGCCCACCCCCUACCGCCUGGGGAGGGGGGGCUAGCAGGAUGGACCGGGUAGCGGUAGCCAGAGGAGGCAGUGGGUAACGAGACAUUGGAGAGAGAGGUAGUGGAGGCUCCUAGGGGAGCGACGACGCCGGAGUACAAGGAACCGCAGGAGCAGUCGGCCGGCCCCGAAGGGCCCUACAUUGGAGGAAAGAAAGGGGGGGGUUUCGAACGUGGGCCCAAAGGGCGAAUAGCUUGAUGAUGUUGCGAUUUCCCCUGCACCGGGUUCUGAACCCACAGAGUGCUAGGGCAGUACCUGUUUGCAGCAGGGGCACCGUCACAAAAGCUCCAGAAAAGCUUGAAGUAUUUAUUGAUGAUAAGAGGGUUCUUGUUGAUCCGGGAACUACAGUGCUGCAGGCGGCCGCACUCAUUGGAGUUGAAAUUCCCAGAUUCUGUUAUCAUGAACGACUUUCAGUUGCUGGCAACUGUAGGAUGUGUCUUGUUGAAGUUGAAAAAUCACCAAAGCCUGUGGCGGCAUGUGCCAUGCCAGUGAUGAAAGGAUGGAGAAUCAAAACAAACUCAGACAUGACCCGCAAGGCACGAGAAGGGGUAAUGGAGUUCCUGUUGGUAAACCAUCCACUUGAUUGCCCCAUUUGUGACCAAGGUGGAGAAUGCGAUCUUCAGGAUCAAAGCAUGGCUUUUGGCAGUGACAGGAGCCGAUUUGAAGACAUAAAGUUCUCUGGGAAGAGGGCAGUUGAAGAUAAAGAUAUUGGACCAUUGAUAAAAACAAUUAUGACCCGAUGUAUCCAUUGUACUCGUUGUAUCCGUUUUGCUUCUGAGGUAGCCGGAGUUGACGAUUUGGGCACUUCUGGACGUGGGAAUGAUAUGCAGGUGGGAACAUAUGUUCAAAAGUUCUUUCUUUCGGAACUCUCUGGCAAUGUGAUUGACCUCUGUCCAGUUGGAGCCCUUACAUCAAAACCAUAUGCUUUCACUGCCAGGCCUUGGGAAACAAGGAAGACAGAGAGUGUGGAUGUUAUGGAUGCAGUUGGCAGUAAUAUCGUGGUCACAACUCGUACAGGAGAGGUGCUCAGGAUAUUGCCAAGAAUUAAUGAGGAAAUCAAUGAGGAAUGGUUGUCUGAUAAAGCAAGGUUUGCUUAUGAUGGCUUAAAAAGGCAGCGUCUUGUAACCCCCAUGUUGAAAAAUGCAUCUGGUGAACUAGUUGCUGUUGAGUGGGAAGAUGCUCUGAUAGCUGUUAGUAAAGCUGUCAAAGCAGCAGGCCGAGACAUAAGUGCUGUAGUAGGAGGUCUUGUGGAUGCUGAGUCGCUGGUUGCUCUGAAGGACUUACUGAAUAAACUUGGGUCAGAGAGUCUAUGUACAGAGCAUACGUUCCCACUUGAUGGUUCUGGGACAGAUCUGCGUUCCAGUUAUAUCCUCAACACAAAGAUUGCAGGUGUGGAAGAGGCAGAUUUGGUUUUAUUGGUUGGAUCAAACCCAAGAUUUGAAGCUCCACUUUUGAACUCUCGAAUUCGCAAGUCGUAUCUUCACAAUGAUUUAGAAAUUGCUGUUGUUGGACCCAAAGUGAAUCUCACAUAUGACUAUGAACACCUUGGUGACAGCACUAGCAUACUAGAACAGUUGGCUAAAGGUACUCAUACUUUUUCGAAAAAAUGGACUGCUGCAAAACGUCCUAUGCUAGUGUUGGGAUCUGAUCAAUUGCAGAGACCAGAUGGAGCAGCCAUCUUAUCUUUGGUUCAGAAAAUUGCUGCUUCUAAAGCUGGGAGUGAUGGGUGGAAAGUAUUGAAUAUUCUUCAUCGGGUAGCAUCGCAAGUAGCUGCGCUGGAUCUGGGUUAUAAGUUGGGAGUUGCUGACAUAAGAAACUCCCCACCUAAAGUGUUGUAUCUGCUGGGUGCUGAUGAAGGAACCAUUACACGAGCUGACCUGCCCAAAGAUGCCUUUAUUAUAUACCAAGGACAUCAUGGUGACACUGGAGCUUCAAUAGCAGAUGCUGUGCUCCCAGGAGCAGCAUAUACUGAGAAGCAGGCCUCAUAUGUGAACACAGAAGGGAGGGCCCAGCAGACACUGGUGGCAGUCACACCCCCAGGACUUGCCAGAGAAGACUGGAAAAUAAUCAGAGCACUUUCAGAGAUUAUAGGACACAAGUUGCCAUAUGACUCAUUGCAUGAGAUAAGACAUCGCUUAGAAGAGGUUUCUCCCAAUCUUACACGUUAUGGAGAGGUCGAAGAAGCAAAUUACUUCAAACAAGCUACAGAUCUGUCUCAAAAUGUGACUCAACAGCUGUCUCAAAGCCCUCUCAGUGUAAAGCAAAAGGAACUGGAGGAUUUCUUCAUGACAGACACCAUCAGUCGUGCAUCACCCACUAUGGCAAAGUGUAUUCAAGCAGCUCUUAAACAAAAACAGUCCAAGUAUUAGAUUCACAAUUUAGGUUAAAUGGAAUUAAGUCUUGUCACAUUGCUUUUAAAGCUUCAAGUACGUAGAGCACAGAUUCUAUACUUAGGCAAAAUAAAGGCCUUCUUUUAUAGAACAGAUUAUAACUAUCAAUGCAAGGUUAUUUAACCCUGUAUUGAAUUAUAACCAAAAUUUGAAGUGUAAAUAGUUGAUUAAUUUAUUUAAUUUAUGGCUCCUUUAUUUUGCUGAGAUAACAGUUGGCUUGUUGAGAAUAUCGUUAUGUUUACUUACAAGUUAACUUAUUAGGUUUCAUUUAAUGCCAGACUAUGUACUCUUCAUUUUGGUAAAUGUUCGACACAGGGUUCUGGUUGUUCUAAAGCUCUAAAUUUAUCAGGAAUUUUCUUAUAUUACUUUUCACAAACAGAAUAUGGCUACAGGUUCCAGAAACAUAUUACAAUCUUUCAGUAUUGAGAUUUAAAUUUAAUAGUUAGCCAUUUAUCAGCUGUUUUCUUCAGCAGAUAAAUAUACUUACAAGAGAAGUAAAUGAAACACAGAACACAUGAUAUAUGCAGUUAAACUGCAGAAAUCAUAUUACAUACUAGAUGAGUCUGGUGUAAGGUUUGUGAGUCACAUAAUGUGUGUGCGUGUGUAUGCGUACAUGAACAUGCAUUUGUACAUUUCAUGCUCUGUAUAUAGCUGCUGUACCAUCUAUAUAAGAAGUAAAAAUUAUGAGAUUGGUAAUUAAUGUGAUCAAAGCUGAAGUUCAAGAAUUUUGGUGUACCAAACAUGUUGGACUAGAUGCUGAGGUAUAAACAGGAACCUCUUCCAGUUGUAAGCCUGAAGAGAAGGCUCUUAGAGAGGUGAACAUGAAGAUUAUAUAUAGUCUUCUGUGGCAAGACACCAUGUAUUCUGGUAGAUGAACGUUUCAGAGGAACAUGGUGCCUCUGUUAUUGGUAACAAUCUACCUGCCUACAUAGCCUCACAUUCCAGAAGACUGUAAUCUUCAAGAGAAAAAUAGUUUUGAGAUUGACGUGUGUAGAAGGAUAAUAUUAAAAUAAAUGAGAAACACAGGAUAUGAAAAUGUGAA